AUGAUGGUUGGGUGUGAAAACUCGAAGAAAUCAGACAGUGGUUCGAACGAAGACAAGAGCUUGUCCGAUGACAUCAUCAAUCUUGAUCAAGGAGAUCCUACGGCGUUUCAAGAGUAUUGGAUGAAGAAAAAGGACAGGUGUACGGUGGUGAUACCAGCAUGGGAUCUGAUGAGUUACUUCAGCGACACGAAGAACGUGUGUUGGUUCCUAGAGCCAGAGCUUGAGAAGGCGAUCAAGGCGUUGCAUGGUGCAAUCGGUAACGCAGCGACCGAGGAACGCUACAUCGUGGUGGGGACUGGCUCUUCACAGCUUUGUCAGGCCGCUUUGUUUGCACUUUCAUCGCUCUCUGAGGUCAAACCUGUCAGCAUCGUCGCAGCGGUUCCUUAUUACUCCACAUACGUGGAGGAGGCAUCGUAUCUUCAAUCGACGCUAUACAAAUGGGAAGGAGACGCAAGGACGUUCGACAAAAAGGGACCGUACAUCGAGUUGGUGACGUCACCGAACAACCCUGAUGGGAUCAUGAGAGAGCCGGUGGUGAAUCGUAGGGAGGGUGGGAAAGUGAUCCACGACUUGGCGUAUUACUGGCCACACUACACUCCCAUCACUCGCCGUCAAGACCAUGACCUUAUGCUCUUCACCUUCUCCAAAAUCACCGGCCACGCUGGGUCACGCAUUGGGUGGGCGUUAGUGAAGGACAUAGAGGUGGCUAAGAAGAUGGUGCACUACUUAACAAUAAACUCCAUUGGUGUGUCGAAGGAGUCACAAACUCGAGCCACCACAAUUCUAAACGAACUGACAAAAACAUGUAGGACACAAUCGGAGAGCUUCUUCGAGUAUGGCUACGAGAAGAUGAAGUCACGGUGGGAGAGGCUACGUGAGGUAGUCGAAUCCGGUGACGCAUUCACUCUCCCUAAUUACCCUCAAGACUUCUGCAACUUCUUUGGCAAAACCCUCUCCACUUCUCCUGCGUUUGCGUGGUUGGGGUAUAAAGAGGAAAGAGAUCUCGGAAGUCUCUUGAAGGAGAAGAAGGUUUUGACGAGAGGAGGAGACCGAUGUGGUUGUAACAAGAGGUACGUCCGUGUCAGCAUGCUUAGCCGCGACGAUGACUUUGACGUCUCUCUCCAAAGACUCGCUACCAUCAAGGAUCUCAAAUGCGUCGAGCCUUGA